GUCCGGUUAAACGUAUCCGGAGUUCAAGUAUGACGAAAAUCAGUACAACCUCCUUAAAUAUUCGAAACUUUCGAAACUGCAAGAACUUCAAUCAUAAUUGAACUGUCAACUAUAUUCCAAAGAUGUGUAAACCCACCCCAGUCCCAAGUCUCAAUGCUUCUCACAGCGGGAUUCCAACUCGACUUGAGAAAGAAGCCCAAGCCACCAAAGAAAAAACAUACUCCCUCAAAACCCUACCAGAUAGUGUACCCCGCAAACACCCCGUAAAACUACCACCAAACACGAGCCAGGAGAACUUCGACCUCGCAAUCACAGAGCUGCGUAAAUCUCUAGUGAAUAAUGAUGCAGUGGAGAUAAACGAUAAACCACUAGUGGACGGCUGGUACAUGGAACAUCCGUACACCCCCUUUCCCCUUCUUUCCCUCCCUCGCUUGAAAACACCGAAAAACCAAACCAAAACAAUUCUGCCUACUUACCCAAUCAAUUGACAACUAGAAACACACACGACGCAUUCCACAUAGCCGACCAAGAAAAACUAGUCUGCAGUGCAGUCGCGUACCCGUCUUCCGUCGAGGAAGUCCAGGAGAUCGUGAGAUGGGCGAAUAGAUACCUCAUCCCCAUCUAUCCCAUUUCCAUGGGGCGUAACCUGGGAUAUGGCGGUGCGGCACCGCGAGUUCCCGGCUCGGUCGUUGUCGAUUUGGGGAGGGAGAUGAAUAAAGUGCUUAGGAUUAAUGGGGAGAAUGCUAGUUGUAUGGUUGAGCCGGGGGUUUCCUAUUUCAAGCUUUAUGAGGAGGUGCAGAAGAGUGGUGUGUUUUCUCUUUGCCGUAGAAUUUUUGAAAAGAAUAUGUGAAUGGCUCGCUGAGAAUAAAUAGGUUUUCCACUAUGGAUCGACGUCCCAGAUGUGGGCGGUGGUUCAGUCCUAGGAAACGCUUUAGAUCGCGGCGUAGGCUACACACCAUAUGGGGACCACUUCGCCAACCACUGCGGUAUGGAGAUCGUCCUACCGGAUGGGUCUCUCCUCCGUACUGGAAUGGGCUCCCUCCCAGGGCCCAACGGGGACGAUAACCCAACCUGGGAGUCCUUCCAACAUUCCUUCGGACCAUCCAUCGACGGGCUUUUCACGCAGAGCAACUUUGGCAUCGUCACGAAAAUGGGGUUCUGGUUGAUGCCAGCUACAGAGCAUCAAUCUUACAUGAUCACCUUCCCGGAGGAGGAGCAGUUUGGCCAAAUUGUGGAUGCGAUCCGUCCGCUUGCCUUGAAGCGGGUGUUGGGGAAUAUCCCGCAGCUGCGACAUGCGAUUCAGGAACUCGCUGUUACAGGACGGCCUAGGACGGAUUGGUAUUCCGGCUCUGGACCAUUACCUCGCGAUGUAGUACGAGACAGUAUAAGUAAACUACCAGUAGGAAACAUAUCCUGGAUUUUCUACGGAACCCAAUAUGGCGACGCAACAUCAAUCACAAGCCAGCUCUCGCUUAUCAAAAAGGAGUUCGCCAAGAUCGCGGGAAGUAAAUUCUACCUCCCCUCUGAUCUACCACCCGACCACUACAUCCACAGCCGCGUAGAAGUAUGUAGCGGCAUACCAUCCAUCCGCGAACUCUCCUGGCUUAACUGGAAACCCAACGCAGCACACCUCUUCUUCUCCCCCAUAACACCCACAAACUCCAGCGACGCCACAAAAAUCCACCAUCUCAUCACAACACUACACGAGAAAUGGGGCUUCGAUCUCUUCCCCACGCUGUGCAUCGCAGGACGAGAGAUCCACUACAUCACCAACAUCGUCUACGACCGCAGCGACGCCGAGGAGAAAGCGCGCGCGCGGAAGAUGAUGAAGGAGAUGAUUGAUGCGGCGGCCCAAGAGGGGUUCGGGGAGUAUAGGACGCAUUUGCUGUUUGCGGAUCAGGUUGCGGGGACGUAUGAUUGGGGUGGGGGGGCGUUGAUGAGGUUUCAUGAGGUGAUUAAGGAUGUUCUUGAUCCUAAUGGGAUUUUGGCGCCUGGGAGGAAUGGGAUUUGGCCGAGGGGGUUAUCGUGA